GCGGUGGGGCCACAUGCUUCACUUCGGCUGCCGCGGUCGACACGAUGUAUUCGGUUUUGGUUCAUGCUUCUUAUCGCUAUUUGUAGCACCGUUUACGACGCUUCGUUACUGUUUUAAUGAUAUUAUUAUUCUCGAUAAUUUAGUUUUUAGUUUAUGUGCUGAUACUUGUAAAGUGCGUUUGUGCAGUUCGGUUAAAUUUGUUUGAGCUUGCAGCUUUAAUAACGUGUAUCGAUUUUUUUUCGCAGUUCUUUUCGCGUCUAUCGUCGAUUUCGAUUUUACGAUUUGUUUGUUCGCGCGCGAAAUUUCUUACGUGUUUAAUCAUUCUCGAGUGCGUUAUCGUGAGUUCGAAAUGAAUGUGCGGUUGUUUUAAGGUGCCAAUUUGAAUUCACGUAGUACUUAUUAAUCACAUUAUCGAAAAAAUUUCCAACACUAUGAAGCAGUGUUGCGAAACGAUCGUCCUCAGGUUGGAGAACAUCAGGGAAAAAGGAAAACCGAACUGAACAGUUAUACCUUUUGAUUGGACGAUGACAUCCCUGGAGGAACGUUUCGGUAUGAUCAACACGUGUUCGGACGAAAGGGCUGCCGGUGUUAUUUCUGGAUCGGAUCCUUAUCGAGAAUUGGAAUUAUAUCUCGAAAAAGUCAACGAAGAGAUCGGAGAAGUGUUUGAUAAAUGGGGUGCCAAUUCUCGAGUCCAAGAACCGGUGAAAUGGAAGAGUAAAGAGGAACCAACGCCAUCGUUGCCGCCGCCUCCGGUCCUAAAUGAAUAUCAUAGCAAAAAAUAUCCGCCGGAGAACGAUAAUUUCGGGCAAGAUUUGAAUUUAUUUAAAUCGUAUUCUUUACCGAUUCGACGCGAGAGUAGGAAUUACGAGAAGUACUUGGAUGCGUGGUCGAAAAGCCUUUUAGCCGAGUUUAAUACUAUAAUUCAAGAUGACCACGAUAUAUCUUCGGAUAAUGCGGAAAGCGCCGAUGACGAUUACGACGAAGUAGCCGCCGAUUCGUCGGACGAAGAUUGUACACUGAUGAGGAUGAAGUAUACGAUCAACAAGCACCACGACGAUUAUCGUGCGUCGCCCACCGUUUCGCCGUCUACGUCCGAGCAUUCGUCCGAAAGUUCCGGUAACGGUAAUAGGCGAACGCCGCCGUAUAUUUCGCGUAUGAUCAAGAACAAACAACGUUCGCAAAUUGCCUCCAUUCAUAAUAAACACGAUCCGGUUUUAGUCAAUGUUAAAAUAUACCCUACCGAGCAAGCCAGGUUACCGCAGCUUCGAGGAUCUGAUUAUGCAUUUCACAAUGGUCAUCAUCACGCGUACUCCCCGUACGAAUGCUGCAUAAAUCAGCUGGAAAGUCGAUCUAAACAACAAGUAACUGAAACCGGAACCCAAACUUCGCCCGCUGAAUCAAGAUCGUCCAGUUUCACGUGGAUUUCUGAUUGCUCGGAGGAUGACCAUUCGUCGACGACAUCUUCGACAGAGGAUUCUCGUCGAUUAGGCGAUAGCUCGGGUGAUUCUACUCCGGUGAAGGAUGAGCCCGAAUCGGGUAUUGGAACUGCUUCACCGCCUCGCCAUUGUAGAUAUAAUAAACCUUCCGGAGUACAAAAAUACCGCCGUAAAGAAGUUUGGGAAAAGUUACGUAAACGACAAAACAAUCCUAAAAUCAAUUUAUCGAAUAAUAACGUAUCUCCUGGUGAAUCGCACGUUCGGCGAAGCAGUUUCAGAAAUCCGUCGAUAUCGGUCGAAUCGUCCAGUGAUCCAGAUUUAACGGUGUUCCGAACCGAACGACCGACAUGUUUACCGUUUGCCUCUUCGCUGAGCCCUGAAAGCUCGCGAGAAACCUUACCGUCACCUUCGGCUACGUCGUUGAAACUCCACAUGGAGCCAUCAGAACUGGCGCACGAAUUAAGCGGCAAAUCUUCAUCAGCUCCUUUACUACUGAAACACGCCGGCAGCGCUUCGUCUGCCGUUCCCAGCGCUAAAAAAAAGAUGAAACAGUCUCGAUUCCAUUCGGAAAAACUACUAGUUGAAAUAGAAGCAACCGAAGCGUGUAAAUGGCUUAGAGCAGCUGGUUUCCCUCAAUAUGCACAAAUGUACGAAGAUAUGCAGUUUCCCAUAGACGUGAACUCUGUUCAAAAAGACCAUCAAUUCUUAGAACCAGAUGCUUUACAAUCUUUGUUCCGGAGGCUACAAGCUUUAAAUAAGUGCGCCAACAUGAAAGUUGAAUUUAUGCCGACUAAUAAAGAGGACGAAUCGGAUUCCGAUACGGAAUGCGCGCUCAGUGAAAACUGGUUAUUUCAACCUGAAUCGAGGCGUUGGUCUAGAAUCUGUGAUGUACAUCAUAUUACCUUACCGACAAGUACAACCGAUGAAAGCAACGAUAACGUUACAGUAGUGUUAAGAAACAGUAGUCUUCCUCCAUUCGCAAUGCAACAGCCUGAAGGCGACAUCACAGUGUCAAGGUUUCGUCGUUCCGGUAGCGAAAGAUUACGUGAUGGAGCCAAAGCUUUUCUCAGAAGAGUUGAAAGUUUGAAAUCGAAACGACGUAAGCAGAAAAAUCGCGAAGGUGUGAUAAUCAGCGGACCUCAGGUUGUCGAUGUGUCAUCAAUGGAGGCUAAAAUUAAAGAAUUGAACUGCGUAGAUGUUACUCCGCCCGAAUCUCCGUUUACUCCCGAUGAAACCCAUAAGCCGGUCAGAAGGUAUUUGUCGAAACCGGAAAGUGAUUUUGCUGCUUUUUCUGAUUCCGAAAUUACUGUCAGACAGUCUUUUCAUGAUAAUGGGAAUAAUAAUUCUCCUAAAAUGCUGCUAGAUGUAUCGGACGUAUCGAGUAAACAAAGUCAAUGCUCUUCACGUAGUGGUAGCCAAGAUAGUCAAACAUUCGCUUUGGUCUCGCCAAUCCGCAAAAAAAAUGAAAGUCCGGAUGCAUUUGCGAUAACUGAAGGCGGCGAUACGACGUUAAGACAAAAAGCGACGGUGGCAAGAUGGCACAGCUUUCAAAGAAAUUCGGUCAGACCGAGUUCAUUACGCGGACAAUCGAUUAAUUCGUUAACAGUCGGCCAGAUUUUAGUAUUAAGGAAAUUAUCGUUACUUAAACUCACCGCUAUUAUGGAAAGAUACUGCCCAAGUCAUCGUACCACCGGUUGGAAUUGGGAAUUACCCAAGUUCAUCCGUAAAGCUAAAACACCAGAUUAUAAAGAUAAAUCCGUUUUUGGUGUACCGCUUUUGGCAAACGUUCAACAAAACGGCAACGUACUACCCGAAUUCAUCAUCGAGGCUUUAGAAUGGUUACGAAUGAACGCCCUGGAACAGGUCGGCAUCUUCCGCAAAUCUGGUGGACGUUCUAGAAUACACAAGUUGAAAAUGAUGGCUGAAAGUAGAUCAGCUAAGAUGAACUUUGAUAAUCAACAGCCUCACGAUGUAGCCGACAUGGUGAAACAGUAUUUUAGAGAGUUACCCGACGCGUUACUGACGAAUAAGCUUUCGGAAACUUUUGUGGCUAUUUUUCAAUAUAUUCCUGAAAACCUACGAACAGAAGCGGUUCAAUGUGCGCUGAUACUUUUACCCGAUGAACAUCGAGAAGCGUUGUUAAUAUUGCUCGACUUCUUGUAUCUAGUCUCUCAGCACAGUUACGCGAAUCAAAUGAGUGCCAGUAAUCUAGCCAUUUGCUUGGCUCCUUCGUUAUUCUAUUGGACGCAUACGUCGAAUAAUUCGCAUAUUCGAAGAUCCUCGUCUAUGUCUCCGAAAAGAUUACAAAAAAGUAACGCGUUCCCUGACGUCAAAGAACUAGGACAAAAUAUCGCUGCCCACGAAUGCUUGUAUUUUCUGAUUGAAAAUCACCAAGAUUUGUUUAUGGUAACCGAAGAAAUCAUGGGCCAGUGUCAUUUUAGUUACAUGGACGAAAGUGUGCCAGUAUCGUUGGAAGAACUGGGUGAAGAAUUGCAGCAAGAUUGGCGAGGAUAUCUGAACAUGUGCAGGAAUGCUUUAGCGAAAGAAAUCAAAGAAAAAAAUCGUGGCUGGGUUAUUUCUACGACAUGGGAAGAUGUUGAAAUCGCGUAUAAAAAAGUCCGAGACGGUCAUCCGCUUAGAUUGUGGAGAGUUUGUACCGAAGUGGAAGCUCCACCGAAGGAAUUACUAUUCAGGGUCUUACGUGAAAGGCACGUCUGGGACAUUAAUUUACUAAGGUCGAAAAUCGUCCAGAAACUGGAACCUUGCGCGGAAUUGUUUCAGUAUGUUACCAAAACUAUCGAUCCUCUGCCUCCGAAAGAUUUUUGCGUCGUUAGGUCGUGGAAAACCGAUUUAUCCAAAGGCGGAUGUAUGAUUGUUGAGACUUCAGUUGAGCACAGCGAUGCUGAACUCAUACCCGGUGGCGUUCGAGGAAUCGUUCUUGCGUCUAGAUAUCUCAUAGAACCAUGUGGGUCAGGAAAAUCUCGUAUUCUGCAUUUAUCCAGAGUCGACAUAAAAGGUCGUAGCUCAGAAUGGUACAACAAAUGUUACGGUCAUAUGUGCGCUCAAUAUUUACUAAAAAUACGUAAUUCAUUCCAAAGAAUGACCGAAGGACCAGAAAGUAAAGUGUAAUUUUUUUAACGUGUUGACUAUUUUUAUUUUGUAUUGAUGAUUGUAUUUUUGUUUCUCUCGUUUUCAACGAUUCAAUGUAAUUGAUGUUAAUUUAAUUUGUGAUAUUUGUAUUAUGUAUAGAAAUGAUUUAAUGUGCUUAUAAGUACUUUUCAAAUAUUGUCGAUGAUUAUAAAUACCCAUUUCAUUGCUACCAUUAUUUUAAAUGCGACCUGUACCGAAUUUUCUUUCAUUUUUAUCAUUUGACGUAAAAGACUUAAUUCCCCCUAUCCCUAUGAUUUUUUUUGUUUGAAAAUUCUGCAUUUAAUCCGACAUUGUAGGUAGAUAUAUUUCAUCCAGGCUAUGCAAUUUCCCCUCCCCACUUUUUAAAUGUAGAAACUAGUCACAAAUCUAUCGAAUUGAAAAUCAAAACAAGCGAUCAGGUUUUUUAAAGAAAAAUUCUGAUUUCUCGUUCAUUAGCAUUUCUAUAGUAGGUAUUUGAAAUACAGUCAAAUAUAUAUUGCGUGUAAAACAACGAAAAUAUAUUAUGUAUUCUAGUCUUAAUAUUACGAUACUAUCUUUUGCAUUGGUGAAUCUUAUUCGUAUAAUACGAUAUGAGAAAUUUAUUCGCAAUUUGAAAAAAUAUAUAUUAAUUUACCAAAGAUAAAGAAACGCGGUUUAUCUUCAUAUCAGUUUUAACGAAUUACAUUUCCAUUCAACGUUCCUGUUUUAUAUUCCACGGAGUAUAUGUUUUUUCAAUUAAAUGUUUAUUUAAUAUGAUUUGUUUUUUUUUCUUUUUUGUAAUUGAAUGGUUUUUUACUUGUUAUUUAAUAUUGUGUAUUUAUUGUACAGUUGAUGAGAAAAUGUGUACAUCACUUACGCGUGUUUCAGUUACCGCUGUAUUAUAUUAUAUGUUUUGUUAGAUAAAAUAUUAUACAAAAAUGUGUAUUUGUUUUUAAGCAUUUGUACGAGGUACCUACAUCACUUCUUCUUCUUCUUUUUUUAAUUUUUAUUCUAUGUAUGUGUAUACCAAUUUGAUGUUUUAAAUAAAAUGAUUUUAAUAACA